GCUAUCUCUGCCUUCCCCCCGCCGAACGGAAGAUCACCCUUCUCCAACUUGGCUUCCUUUCUUCGCAAUUAUUUAAUACAUUCCUUCUCAACCCAACAAUCAAUUGAUUGUAUUGGCCGAAAUGACAAUGUCGCGGAAGAGUGUCGGUCUCGCAAGAGCAUUACAGACGCCCGCUGUUAACGGACAAUUGGUGUCAAGGACCGGUCUGGCCCAAUCAUCACGACUUAGCCUACCGAGACAAUCCAGGUUAUUAAGCACAACCACCAGCAGGUCUUCAUCACAGCUUGCUGCUUUCAAGAUCCCCAAGAUUCUCAAUGAGCCCAACCACCACUAUGCAAAGAACUCGACGCAGAGGGAGGGUCUAUAUUCAGCACUUGACGCAUACAGGAGUAGGGGCGCUGUAGAAGUCCCCCUUGUUGUUGGGGGCAAAGAGAUCAAGACUUCACAGACAGCCACCCAGAAGAAUCCCUCGGAUCAUGCCACCACCGUUGCUUCCUACUCUCUGGCCUCGCCCUCCGAUGUCAGUAACGCAAUUGAUGCUGCCCUAGCCGCGAAGCCCGCCUGGGAAUCGCUACCCUUUGCCGACAGAGCCUCCGUGUUUCUAAAGGCAGCCGAUCUCGUUUCGACCAAAUACCGAUACGAGAUAAUGGCCGCCACUAUGGUCGGACAAGGCAAGAAUGCAUGGCAGGCCGAGAUUGACUCGGCCGCCGAAUUGGCCGACUUCCUCCGUUUCAACGUCCAAUAUGCCGAAGAAUUGUACGCUCAACAACCCACGCACCACUCCCCCGGCGUGUGGAACCGCGUCGAAUACAGACCCCUGGAAGGCUUCGUCUACGCCGUCAGCCCGUUCAACUUCACUGCUAUUGCUGGUAACCUCCCCGGCACCCCUGCUCUAUUGGGUAACGUGGUAGUAUGGAAACCGUCUGAUUCAGCCAUUGCUUCGAACUGGUUGCUCUACAACAUUCUGCUGGAGGCCGGACUACCGAAGAACGUCAUUCAGUUCGUCCCUGGUAACCCAGAGGAAGUUACCAAGGUCGUCCUGGCGCACAGGCAAUUCGCGGCGCUCCACUACACCGGAAGCACCGCCGUCUUCCGCAAGCUCUACGGGCAAAUCGGCCAGGGCACUGCGGAGGGCCGCUACCAAGGCUACCCGCGUAUCGUAGGCGAGACAGGUGGCAAGAACUUCCACUUGAUCCACCCCUCAGCCGACAUCGACAACGCCGUCAACCAGACCGUGCGCGGCGCAUUCGAGUACCAAGGUCAGAAAUGCAGCGCCACGAGCCGCCUCUACGUCCCCAAAUCAAUAUGGCCCGAGUUCAAAGAAAAGCUGGUCAAGCAAACCAGCGCUCUUAAGAUCGGCGCCCCCUGGGAUCCGCAGAACUUCAUCGGGCCCGUAAUCCACGAGCCAAGCUUCAAGAAACUAUCAGGCGUCAUCGACGCUGCCAAGAACGAUUCCGAACUCGAGCUUCUCGUGGGCGGCAAAUACGACGGGUCGAAGGGGUACUUUAUCCACCCCACCAUCUACGCCACCACGAACCCUGCGCACAAACUGCUCAGCACAGAGCUCUUCGGGCCGAUCCUAACGACGUACGUCUGGGACGACGCGGCCGGCGAGACAGCAUUCCUGGAGACAUGCAAGCUCGUGGACCGCACGACCGAAUACGGGCUCACGGGCGCCGUAUUCGCGACGGAUCGGUCCGCGAUCGCGACCGCGCAGGAAGCGCUGCGCAACGCCGCGGGCAAUUACUACAUCAAUUGCAAGAGCACGGGCGCCGUGGUCGGACAGCAGCCGUUCGGCGGCGCGCGCGCAAGCGGCACGAACGAUAAGGCGGGCAGCAUUGCGCUUCUGGGCCGCUUCGUGAGCAUGCGGAGUAUCAAGGAGGAGUUCCUGCCAACGGCCAAGGUCGAGUAUCCUAGCAAUGAGGUGUAAGGGGACUCUUAUUCCUAGGGAUUUAGGUGUGAGGUUAUGGUUGGUGAAAGGAUGAGUUUGGCGAGAGGAAGCUCGAGCAAGCUUCUUGACGGAGUGAACAUUUUUCGAGGGCGUUUUAUUGGAAAGGGAGAC